AUGACCAUCCCCCUCGAGAUACCAGUCUUCUCGCCCUCGUCGGCGCUCCACGUCCAAGCCAUUGGCGCGCAGCGCAUCGAGCUCAACGCGCGGGGCAGCUACCCCGACGGCGGCACGACGCCGGCGCCGGCGGACCUCGAGGGCGUGAACAAGUGGCUCAUGGUGCCCGUGCGGAUCAUGAUCCGGCCGCGCGGGAAACGUGUCGAGGACGACGUGGAUUUCGUGUACACGGAGGACGAGUUUGCGACGAUGCUGCGGGACGUGGAGGCGUUUCGUCCGAUGCUGAGGGCGGAUCGAGGUGACGGGUUCGUGUUUGGCGUUUUGAAGAGGAGUAGCGGCGACGAGGGGUCGGCGGUUGGGGGGGUGGUGGUGGUGGUUGACGUGGAGAGGAAUCGGAGGCUCGUUGAGGCGGCUGGGGGUCUGGCGUGUUCUUUCCACCGGGCGUUUGACGAUGUUAUCCGCGACGGCGCUGCUGCGGGGACGAUUGCAAAGGGGGUGCGGGAUCUGGCGGCGUGUGGGUUCGGCGGGGUGCUCACGUCUGGCGGGCCGGGGAACGCGGCGGCGAAUCGGGGGGCUCUCGAGGAGGUUGUGCGCGAGGCAUCCGAGGUCGGCAAGACGGCGGGGGCCAAGGGCUUGGAGGUGAUUAUCGGCGGCGGGGUGAGGAGGGAGAAUGUUGGGGAGCUGGUUGGCGGGUUCAAAGGGGACGGCAGCGUGUGGGCGCACUCGAGCUGUUUGACGGAGGGUGAGGUUGAUGAUGAGGAGGCGAUGGGCAUUUUGGAGAGGCUGGCCGAGAGGUGA